AUGGCUGGUACUUAUGAUACCGAAGAGCAGAGAAUUAUUGAUAGAAUCAAUUGCAUUGCUUUUCGUGAAGCUAGAGAUGCUGAUGCAACAUUUAUUAAUCGACAUUGGGUUGCGAAGAAUGUGCAUCGUUCGGUUCAAUUUGUCACAGACUGGUGGGAAAAUCCAUAUGACCAAUGUUUUGCUGAUUAUUCAAACGUCGGUCGAAAGCUUAAAUUAUCACAACCAAGUCAAGACAUCAUUCUUAAAGCCAGUGGUCGACAAAGAAAAAGUGGUUCUGUUGUGGCGAAGGAGAUUGCAGAAAAACAAAAAGAAUACGCAAAAAGUGUCGACGAUAUUGAAGAAGACGAACGUUAUCGUGAAAUGGUUAAAAAUCAAGUAUGCAUCGGGAUUUUUGUGAUAUUUACUGCUAAAAGGUUACAUUGGGUGAUUAAAGAUAAAGGUGAAUCUUGGACUGGUCAAUAUUUUCGUGAUAUAAUUUUGACUGAACACGUCUUUCCAUUCUUAAAAAAUGAAGAAAAUGUUAUUGAUCCCGAUGAAGUUAUAUUUGUCCAUGACAAAGCACCAUGCAUGCGAACAUAUCAGAAGCAACAUUUGCUUCAAGACAAUGAUGUUAAAUUUUGGGGUAAUGAUAUUUGA